AUGGAGAAUGCAAAGCCUAUUGGAACUCCAAUGAGUCCAACAACUAUGCUUAAAGAGGACAUGAAUGGAAAAAGUGUGAAUGAAACAAUAUAUAGAGGAAUGAUUGGAUCUAUACUAUAUCUUACGGCUAGUCGACCAGAUAUAGUGUUCAGUAUUUGUAAGUGUGCAAGAUUUCAGUCGCCUCCAAAGGAAUCUCAUCUGACUGCAUUAAAACGUAUUAUAAGAUAUCUCAUUGGGACCACUGAAUUAGGAUUAUGGUAUGCUCAUUCCAACAAUUUUGAUUUAAAAGGUUUUUCAGAUGCUAAUUUUGUAGGUGAUAGGACUGACAAGAAAAGUACUAGUGGCACAUGCCAAUUAUCGGGGAAUGCUCUAAUUUCCUGGCAUAGAAAGAAAUAA